AUGGCCGACAAAGACACCGACAAUGACAAUCUGCGGACAGCAUCUCUGUACAUCAACAACCAGCUGCUCUCCCGCGGUCUCUUGAGCGAUGGCCACAGCAUCGACUUUGCCCGCCCUGAGCGGAAUCCAGGUGGCGUUGACGCCACCAUGGGAAGGGUCAUGAGCAUCAUCAACGACCUUAUUCUGCGACGCGACCGCGACGCCCAAAACCGCGAGGCCCUCUCGACGACCCUCCGCACCCUCCGCGCCGAGAACCUCAAGGCAACAAACGACGUCAGCCGCCUCACGGAGAAGCACGCAGACGCCAGGCGCAAGCUCGAAAUCGCCGAGGCCUCUGAAACAGCAGCCCGCACCCAGCUCAAGAGCGCCGACGCCGCCGUCCGCGGCCUCAAGGAGGAAAUGGCCCGCGCCAAGGUCCUCGUCGCCCAGACGCGCGCCUCCUGUGCGACCGAGGUGCGGCGACGCGACCGCCAGAUCGACGGCCUCAAGAAGCAGCUCGGCGAUGCCGGGCGCGCGCGCGGCAGCGGCAAGAGCUCCGUCGUGACCGUCAUCAGCGUUGUGGGCGAUGUCGGCGCCGAGGAGAGGCCGCGCGCUGGUGCCACGCCGGGGGCUGCCGACCUGCGCAGCGAGACGAACCAGUUCCUCACCGAGCUGGCGAGGAACCUGAGUGAAGAGAACACGGCUUUGCUCGCCGUCGUGCGCCGGACGCUGGGCAAGCUCAAGGAUAUGAGCGGCUGGGACAAGGGCGCGAGCCAGGGCGACGGCCACGCGGUCGCGCUGCAGACCAACUGCGACGAGAUGGAGAGGGAGCUCGAGGCCAUUCUGGAACACCUCCAGACCAUUCUCACGAACCCUUCCUUUGUCCCGAUCGAAGAGGUCGAGUCACGCGAGGAGGAGAUCAACAGGCUGAAGGAGGGGUGGGUCAAGAUGGAGAGUCGCUGGCAGGAAGCCGUCCACCUCAUGAACGGUUGGCGCAAGCGGCUCGUCGCCAACGGCAGGGGCGUCAACAUGGAGGAACUCGACAUGGGCCUUCGCCUGAGUCCCAUUAGGGUACGGCAGACACGCGACUACAAGCCUGAGCCCGAGUCUGAGCCGGUGGCCGACUCUCAUCUUUCCUUCAUUCAAGAAGAAUGCACCCAGGAUCUGGACGCCCUGCGUUCGUCGCCAGGACCAGAACAGGUGGUGGAAGAGGAGUCGCUCGACCUGGCACCGGCGCACGAGUACGACGUCGAAGUUCAGGACGAGCAUGACUAUGCAUCCGAGUCGAGCAUUUUCGAAGACGAGAUUGAUGAUGUCGACGUCGAUGUUUCCGAGCCCAAUAUUGAGAUCCUGCAGCAGUCGACCGCCUUCCUCAGCUCCUCGCCUCUGCCACCACGACCACAGUUGAGUCCACUCAAGGAGACGAACACGGCUGGCAAUCGCGGCGCACACGAAGCCAAGUUCAGCCACGAGAAGCACAGCGAUUACUCGAUCAAGGUCGAAGAGAAGGCGUGGGACCUAGGUGACGACUCGAACGUGCCCGAACCAUCAUCCCAUCGCUUCCGCCUGCCACGCUCGCCCCUCAAGGCCAUGCGCGCCGUCACACCCGAAAUCGAGGAGAAGCCUCGAACGGCAUCGGCCGCUUCUGACGCGUCCAUGGACGAGCUUGCCCUCGACCAGCCGCCUUCGGCCCCGCCCUCGCCCUCGCCCCUCCCCAGGGAGCGCACCCGCGACCUGCGCAAGCCUCCCAAGGUGGUGGUCCAGAAUAAACCCGACACGAAGGCGGAACCCCCCGCCAAACCCGCCCCCUCUCGCACGAAUGGCAGGCGCCGCGUCGUCUCCGACAAGAGCGUCGACGAGAACCUCCCGCCCGCCCCAUCUUUCUUUUUAAUUGCGCGUUUACCUUUACACAUCUCUCCCUCUAACGUCUCCUCGCUCCGAUAG